CCAAAUUCAAUUGCUCUCUCCAACUCGAUUCCCAUUCCUCUUCAAUUCUCUGUCAUACUCUUGCAUAUUAUCUCUCAUACCCUUCUAGACAACAAACAGCACAAUGUCCUCAAUCCGCCGCAUGUCCCCAACGGACCUCCUCUCCCUCAACCUCACAAACCUGGACCCAUUAACCGAGAACUACGACCUGGGCUUCUACCUCAACUACCUAAUGCGCUGGCCCUCCCUCUUUAGCAGCGUGCAAGACCGUCAAGAAGGAAUCGUCGGCUACAUCAUGGGCAAGCUCGAAGAACAACCCGCCCACAUGCGCCACUCGGAACAUUACACCCCCUGGCACGGCCAUAUCACCGUGUUGACCGUGGCGCCGGCAUGGCGCCGGCUGGGCCACGCCCGGCGCCUCACCGAACGCCUUGAGCGGGGCUCCGACAUCAACGACGCCUGGUUCGUGGAUCUGUACGUGCGCGCCGGGAAUAAGGUCGCUGUGGAUAUGUAUAAGGGCAUGGGGUACUCGGUCUUCCGGCGCGUGGUCGGGUAUUAUAGUGAUGAUCCGUCGGGGAUGUCGGAGACGGGCGAGGAUGCAUUCGAUAUGCGCAAGCCGUGCAGUCGCGAUAAGAAAUUACAGCAUAUUCGGGAGAAGGGGGAGGAGUUCUUGGUUGAUCCGGUGGAUGUUUCGUGAUUGCGGAGGGGGAGGGAUUAGGAGGGUUUGGCUAGAGGGUCGGUAGCCACUGCUGUGUCAAGUGUGUGAGUGUUGGCGGGGAUGUUGUUCUGUGAGAUGCUUGCUCUGUGGUUGGGUUUCAAAAGCUUGGUGUUUACGGCGUUGGCGAUUUGGAUUCGAUCUAGACGGCAUUUGUUAUGAGCCUUAAGUAGGUGGGAC